AUGGACUGCGAUAAGGAGAGUAACCACGUUAAUAUCUCCGGUAUUGAUGAAGACAGUCUCAAACAUCCAAAGCCAGAUACCAGUCGAGGAGCCGGAAGCCGUCGUACCCGGGCCGAGAGCAAGCCUGCACGUUGGUGGGAGGGUCUUUGCCCAUUAUUCUCGAAAACAAUGCAAUCUCUAGAGCCACCAAGUGCGAGAGAAGAGGACUGUCUAUCCUUGCCCAGCUAUCCUGCAGAAGCGAAAGCGCGGACGCGUGCUAUUGACCAAUACCUCGCUGCUGAGUUCCAGCGGAGCAAACGGCAAUUAAAAAUCAUCCUUUUCGGCGAUGAGCAUGAGAAAAGUCUUUUUCUGAAACAAGCCCGCCUUCUUGAGGUUCCGCUUUCCAAUGAAGACCGUGCAGAUGUUCGGGCCGAAGCGAGGCGCUUUGUCGCAUCGAUAUGCCGGGAAUGCUUGCAUAUUGUCGAUGAACAUGCCUGCAAGCCAGAAUGGAUCAAUGCUCAUCCAGUUCUGGGGCGUGUCAAGGAGAUUGUGUCGAGCGAAGAGCCCGAAGAUGAGGAGACGGUCGAAAGCAUGGUGAACCUGUAUUGCGACGCAGAAUUGCGGCUCGCGCUCAUGCAGUUUGGUCAUAACUUUAACGAUAUCGAGCGACGAUUCUUGAACAGCCGCUAUCCGCAUAUUCUCACCUGCCCCUGCACCGCAAAUGGCAAUCUGAGCAAGCUCUUGAAGCGAAUCUUUGCGCCAGAGUACGUCCCUACAGAGCAUGACUGGUUUCACUUUGACCAGCGCCGUUCGGGGCGAGUGGCCCAGGAGGCUCUCAUCCAUCGAGACAGCCACACGCUGCAGCUUUUACAAAUCACGGAUCGGUCAACGCAGAGACGAAAAUGGAUUCAUGUUUUGGUCGAUGACGCGGCCUGCCUUCUUUUUAUUUGUAACCUAGCCAUCUACGACCAGACUCUGCUAGAAGACGAGACUAUAAACAGACUCCACGAAGAUCUCAUCCUCUUUAGCUCGCUGGCCAACUCAAGAUGGUUCGCCCAAACGCCAUUCCUUGUCAUUUUGUCAAAUAUUUCGGCAUUUAGGAACAAGAUUCUGCAGUCGCCGCUGUCCAAAUGGUUCCCCCAAUUUGAGGGAGGCAGUGACGGAGAUGCGGCGCUCGAUUUUAUUGGAGACCGGUUCCGGGAACUCGCGAAAGCUGACCAGAAUAUGUAUAUACACGCUACAGAUAUUGAUAGCGCUGAGGGCGUGAUAGCUGCUAUUGAGACUAUGGAGUAUAGGUCGCUCGGUAAAGUCUUCGAGGAGAUUCAUAUGCCUCCUGCCAAGCAUAAAGACUAA